AUGAGCUCUAACGACCAACGUCAAAAAAAUUACAAACACCGUGGUUUGGACAGUGAAGAAUUGCGUAAACGUCGUGAAGGGUUAAAUAUAACAUUGCGUAAACAAAAGCGAGAAGAACAGCAUUUCAAACGGAGAAAUUUAGCUGGUAAUGACGAUGUUGCUGAUGGAACAGAUAGUUUUGGUGUAACAGGAGAUGGAACAAGACAACCUGGAACAAGUGAACCAGUAAUAACAAGUCAGAUGGUUGCUGCAUUAUACGGCGAUGAUCUACAACAAAUGUUGGAUGCAACAAUACGUUUUAGAAAACUUCUGUCAAAAGAACCAAACCCACCUAUUGACGAAGUAAUAACAGCAGGCAUUGUCCCUCGAUUCGUUGAAUUAUUGAAAUUUCAACAUUUCCAAAUACAGUUUGAAGCUGCGUGGGCAUUAACAAAUAUUGCAUCUGGCAAUUCAAUGCAAACAAAAUAUGUUAUUGAUGCUGGUGCUGUACCAGUGUUUGCUUUACUAUUAAGUAGUCAAAAUGAAGAUGUUCAAGAACAAGCUGUUUGGGCACUUGGUAAUAUCGCUGGUGAUAGUCCAGAAUGUCGUGAUUAUGUUCUUGAUACAGGAGUUCUUCAACCAUUAUUAAAUAUAUUUGCUCGUAAUACUCGUUUAACAAUGGUCCGAAAUGCUGUAUGGUGUUUAUCGAACCUAUGUCGUGGAAAAAAUCCAGCUGUUGAUUUUAAUAAAGUUGCACCAGCCUUACCUGUUCUAAGUCGUUUACUCUAUAAUUUGGAUAGUGAUGUACUUGCUGAUACAUGUUGGGCAAUAUCUUAUCUAUCUGACGGUCCAAAUGAAAAAAUACAAGCCGUUAUACAAGCUGGCGUAACAACAAGACUCGUCGAAUUAUUAGCGCAUCCAAUAUUAAAUGUUCAAUCCUCCGCUUUACGUGCUGUUGGAAAUAUUGUUACUGGUGAUGAUAUGCAAACACAGCUUGUAUUAGAUGCUGGUGUUUUACAGCAUUUACUUACACUACUACAAAGUCAAAAAGAAUCGAUCAAAAAAGAAGCUUGUUGGACGCUAUCGAAUAUAACAGCUGGUGUUCAAAAUCAAAUUCAAGCUGUGAUUGAUGCCAACAUAUUUCCAUCUUUAAUUAAUAUUUUAAAGCAUGGUGAUCAUAAAACAAGAAAAGAAGCAGCUUGGGCCGUCACGAAUGCAACAUCGGGCGGUACACCACAACAAAUCAAAUAUAUUAUUGAUCAAGGUGCUAUUCCACCGCUAUGUGAAUUACUAAGUGUUACAGACGCAAAAAUAAUACAAGUGGCAUUUAAUGGUCUAGAGAAUAUAUUAAAAUUGGGUGCAGCUGAAGCAAAACGAAUGAAUGGACCGAAUCCAUAUGCAGUGAUGAUUGAAGAAUGUUUUGGUUUGGAUAAAAUUGAAUAUCUCCAAAGUCAUGAAAAUAUCGAAAUAUAUCAGAAAGCAUUUCAUAUCAUCGAAACAUAUUUUGGUGUCGAUGACGAAGAAAAUGUUCCAACGCAAGGUGAAUCUGGUGCAUUUGAAUUUGGAUCAUCAUCAUCUAAUCCUAACGCAACAUCGACGACAAAUGGUCAAAUAAAUCCACAACAACAGCAACCCCCUCAACAGCAACAGCCACCAUCACAGUUUCAAUUCUAA